AUGCCAGAACGCCCCAUCAUCGCUAUUGCAGGUCUGGCGUGUGAAACCUCGGUUUUUACCCCCGCAAGAACUCUUGCUGCGGCAUUUCACCCUCGUCGCGCCACGGAAAUCAUCGACAAAUAUGCGUUUCUUCAUCCUGGCACAUCCCUCGGCGAUGCAGCAGACUGGCGAGGAGCACUGGUCGGCCACGCCCUACCCGGUGGAAUCGUGACGCGGGCUUCUUUCGAACAAUUAGCGAACGAGAUGAUCUCCCAUCUGGCCGAGAUGGCGACAUCUACAACUAUUCACGGUCUAUGGUAUAAUAUCCAUGGAGCAAUGUGCGUUGAAGGAAUCGAUGAUGCUGAGGCAGAGCUUCUUCAUCGCAUUCGGGCUGUGAUCGGUCCCCGGGUGCUCGUGUCGGCAUCGCUCGAUCUGCAUGGGGAUGUAUCGCGCGCUCUUGCACACCAGACCGAUUUGAUUACCUGUUACCGCAUGGCACCUCACGAAGAUGAGAAAGAAACCGAAGAACGCGCCUGCCGUAACCUCGUUACUCUGUUAACUGCUCGGCCACACGACCCAGCCCGGCCAUUGAAGGCAUGGUCGCCCAUCCCGGUCCUCUUACCGGGAGAACAGACAUCGACACGCAUUGAGCCCGCGAAAAGCCUUUAUGCUCUCGUUCCAGAAAUCGAAUCAACGCAGGGAGUAUUAGACGCAGCGAUCUGGGUCGGCUACACAUGGGCUGAUGAACCUCGCAAUCAUGCGGUAGUGGUUGUCACAGGCUGGGACAAAGAUACGGUGACCAAAAGUGCGAAGCGUUUGGCGCAGUACUUCUGGGACGCUCGUGGGGGUUUUCAUUUUGUUGCCCCAACAGGAUCCUUCACCGAAUGUAUCGACGCUGGUUUAGUGUCGAAAACUAGGCCUUUUUUUAUUUCCGACUCUGGUGACAAUCCAACUGCCGGAGGAUCCGGCGAUGUCACCUGGGGACUUUCGCAACUGUUAUCCCGCUCUGACCUUCAAGUGGAUAAUGGACCGACAGUGAUUUAUGCUAGUAUCCCGGGACCUCAGGCCAUUGAUCAAAUAGUGCAAGCUGGUGUUGGUGCCACCGUGACAGUUACCGCCGGCGCUGAAGUGGACAAUCUACAUUCAGGGCCCAUCACCAUGACUGGGCGGGUUCAUUCAAUUAGGUAUGGAGAUCUGCACGCGGUCAUUGAAGCGGUUCUACACACUGGCAGUGUAUUUGCGAUUAUCACGAAGCUCCGCAAGCCUUACCAUCACGAGGACGAUUUCACCAAACUCGAUCUCCAACCUCGAUCCGCAGAUAUUGUGAUUGUCAAGAUCGGAUACUUGGAACCUGAACUUUUUGCGAUGGCGGCAGACUGGAUGCUGGCAUUAACGCCCGGUGGCGUUGAUCAACAGUUAAAGCGCCUUGGACACAAGCGUAUUCAUCGCCCUAUGUGGCCUUUCGACAAAGAAUUCCCCAAAAGUCCAGAUCUUACUCCUCAGCUUAUCCCACUUUCGGACGAGGCUCUGGGAUGA